AUAUGCCAUGCUAUUACUUGCAGUUCAUAGCAGUCUUCAACAAAAAGCAAACGCGUCAUAGCUUCGUGUGCUUUUUAAAAUCAAGAGAAACGAUAAGUAUAAGAAUAGGUUGAACCAACAUGAGCAACAGAAAAGACAAGAAUGAUGAUGAGUCUAGUGAGAGAGGUAUAUUUUCACAUCUAGGAUAUCCAAGUGCACCACCCCCCUACCCUCCUCCACAUGGAUACCCACCAUCAGGCUAUCCACCUCCAGGAGGGUAUCCCCCAACAGCCUAUCCGCCGCUGGGAGGAUAUCCACAUUCCGGUUACUAUCCUUCAGAAUAUCCACCAGCAUAUCCGCCUCCGGGAGGGUAUCCACCCACUGCUUAUCCUCAUUCAGGAUAUCAUCCACCAGCUUAUCCUGCCCCACAUGGCUAUCCACCUGCUGCACCUCCAUAUCCUGGAGGGCGUGGGGCUGGCAUGGGAGGAUUGUUGGCAGGGGGUGUUGCUGCUGCUGCCGCUGCCUAUGGUGCUCACCAUAUGGCUCAUGGAUAUCAUCGUUUUGGACACGGAGCCUACUAUGGUCAUGGAAAGUUCAAGCAUGGGAAAUAUGGCAAGCGUUGGAAGCAUGGCAGGUUUGGAUUUGGCAAGCAUAAGCAUGGUUGGAAAAGGUGGAAGUGAUAAAGUGUUAAAUAUGUAAUUUUGAGCAAGGUCAUGGAGGUUUUAGUUAUGGGAUGAAUAAUGUAUGCUACAACAACAUAUUGCAUGUUUGUAAUGACUACUUUAUUUAUGACUUACUAUCAUUUUACAUAAAAGAAAUUUGUAAGGAA